CGCUCGAGAGUGGCUCGAAAUUUCGAAAAUUGCUGGCCAGGAAAAUCCCUCUUCACAAAAAAGGGGAAAACUCGCGCGCGUUUUUCACGUUCGCCGAGUCACCCAGACGUCGAUCGUUGGUAGAGCGUCAUUUCAAUCGAAACACUCGUGAAAUACGUCUGAAAGUAGAUGAAAUACAAAGCAGCAUAUGUACACGAAAUUUGUUAUCAACGCGACGACGACGACGAGAGCUUAAUGCGGGGCUUAGCCUGAUUUUCUGAUUUUCUGCGUGUGCUAAUGCGUCGUUUUCCACUUGCUGGGGAACCGCUUUUCCCGUGUGCUAUGUCCGGUGAAUUGGCGCGCAAUUCCAUUGAGUUCCAUUGUAUUGAAUUGAAUUGAAUGCAAAUUGCAAAUUGCAAUUGCGGCACAGCGCGAAAUUGAACCUUUGACAGUGGCGGCGGGUGCGCGCAACGUGGCGUAUGCGUAAUCUGUGGCAAAACGAAUCGAAGUACUCGCAAUCAAAUUGAAAUUGAAAUGGAAAUUGAAAUGAAAGGCGCGCGCCGGCUCAAAUAAAUUAUGCGCCAGUGAGUUCUAAGUGUGCCUUCUCUUUUUCGCGUUAAAAAAUAAAAAUAAAUACGAAAAAAUAGACCCAAGCCCAGGCAAUUGAAAAUGCGAUUCAUAUCGGUCCGAAUAGCAGCGACAACAACAACAACUAGACGACAACAACAACAGCAGGAACAACACUGAUGAUCGCUGGCAACAUGUCAAGCAUAAUUAAUUUUCGAUUCCGCCGAUUUCUUGCCACCACAAGCUCCACCUCAUCUGGAAAUCUGGAAGUGUAAUUACGGUCAUAAUUCACGCAAGCCGCAGCCACAACAAAAAAACAAAACAACCAAAAAGCCGAAAGCAUUUAACGAGAAUUGUGCUGAGGAAAAACUAAUAGAGAUUUCCGCGAACAUCGACCGAUUGUGAAAAUGUGUUGCCAAUCAAGUGGCCAGUGGAAAUUUUCUGCGCAGCAGCCUCAGAAAUCGUCGGCGCCAAGGCGGCAUCACUCGAGAUCUUUCCUACGCACCCAGGUCCUGAUCCUCACAAUAAUCCUGCUGGCGGUGCUCCAAGUUCAAACAGUCGCCGCCGGAGCGGGUGAUAGUCUAUCAGGCGUCCGGCAAUCCUGCUCGAACGAGGGCGAAGAAGUGCAACUGAAGAACCAACCGCAGAUUUUCACCUGCUUCAAAUGCGAAUGUCAGAACGGUUUCGUCAAUUGCCGUGAUACCUGUCCGCCCGUUAAUGAUUGUUAUAUUUUGGAUAAGUCCAACGGAACUUGUUGUCGCAGGUGUAAAGGUUGCUCUUUCCGUGGCAUGUCCUAUGAGAGCGGUUCGGAGUGGAGCGAUCCGGAGGAUCCCUGCAAGACCUACAAGUGCGUGGCCACCGUGGUCACCGAGACGAUCCAGAAGUGCUACUCGCAGUGCGACGACAACCAGUUACAGCCACCUCGGCCCGGCGAAUGCUGUCCCACCUGUCAGGGCUGCAAGAUCAACGGACAGACGGUGGCCGAGGGCCAGGAGGUGGACGCCUCCAUCGACGACCGUUGUCUGGUGUGCCAGUGCCGCGGGAACCAGCUGACCUGCUCCAAGAAGACCUGCCCGGUGCUCCCGUGUCCCAUGUCCAAGCAGACCAAGCGGCCGGACGAGUGCUGUCCGCGGUGUCCGCAGAGCCACAGUUUCCUGCCAGUUCCAGGCAAGUGCCUCUUCAACAAGAGUGUUUACCCCGAGAAGACACAGUUCAUGCCGGACAGGUGUACGAAUUGCACCUGCCUGAACGGCACCUCCGUCUGCCAGCGACCCACGUGCCCGAUCCUGGAGUGCUCCCCCGAGUUCCAGGAGCCGGAUGGCUGCUGCCCUCGCUGUGCCGUCGCCGAGGUGCGGAGCGAGUGCAGCCUGGACGGGGUGAUCUACCAGAACAACGACACCUGGGACAUGGGACCGUGUCGCAGUUGCCGCUGCAACGGAGGCACCAUCCGCUGUGCCCAGAUGCGCUGCCCGGUGGUCAAGUGCCGGGCCAACGAGGAGCUGAAGCAGCCGGCGGGCGAAUGCUGUCAGCGAUGCGUGGAAACGGCAGGAACCUGCACGGUGUUCGGGGAUCCCCACUACCGCACCUUCGACGGCAAGUUCUUCAGCUUCCAGGGCAGCUGCAAGUACCUGCUGGCCUCCGACUGUCUGGGCAAGACCUUCCACAUCCGGCUGACGAACGAGGGACGGGGAACAAGGCGCGCCAGUUGGGCCAAGACGGUGACCCUGAGUCUGCGCAACCUGAAGGUCAAUCUCGGCCAGCGGAUGCGGGUCAAGGUGAACGGAACGAGGGUCACGCUGCCCUAUGUGGGCGUGGCCGGUGGCCAGAACGUGACCAUUGAGCGGAUGGCCGACGGCGGAGCCGUGAUGCUGAGAUCGGAAAUGGGUCUAACAUUGGAGUGGAAUGGAGCCGGCUUCCUGCAGGUUUCGGUGCCGGCGAAAUUCAAGCAAAGGCUGUGCGGUCUGUGCGGCAACUUCAAUGGCAGCUCCCGGGAUGAUCUGACCGGCAAGGAUGGUCGCAAUCACGGGGACGACGAGGUCUGGCACUUUGCCAACUCCUGGAAGGUGGGCGGGCCCAAGUCCUGUUCGCGGAAGCGUGAAUCCCUGGCCGCCACGCCCACCUGCGACAAGCGAAAGUCGAAUUUCUACUGCCAUCCGCUGAGUGUUCCCGCCCUGUUUGGGGAAUGCCACGAGCGGCUGAAUCCGGAGAACUACAAGGCCGCCUGCCGGAUGGACGUGUGCGAGUGUCCCUCGGGCGACUGCCACUGCGACAGCUUUGCGGCCUAUGCCCACGAGUGCCGGCGACUGGGAGUCCAGCUGCCCGACUGGCGGAGUGCCACCAAUUGCCCCUCCGGCUGGCGACACAAUGCCACGCUCUCGAGCUUCAAGGGCAACCAGUUCUACGGGGAUCCCAGCUUCAGCCGGAUGAAGGGUCGCCGGCGGCAGAAGAACCACCAGCUGAGGCUGCAGCUGCAGCAGGAGCAGCAGCGGCAGCGGAGCAAACAGAAGGGGCGGCACAAAGCCCAGAACCAGCUGGACCACGCCCACAAUCGACUGGACCACAAGGAUCAGCUGCAGAAGGAGUUCAUCCUGAAGCACGUGCCCAGCAGUUUCCUCUAUCCGCGUGCGCCGGAUCGCACGCCGCCGCCCCUCCACUAAGUUAGUUACCCCCUUAGUUAACCAUUUAGUUAGUUACUACACACACACAUGAGCACGCCCAUCC